AUGUCCCAGCCAUCCACAUCCCAAGCUCCCCAGCCUAACGACCCACCCGUCGACUCGCCUACCUCGCAAACCAAUACCUCUCUCCACCGUGCCAAAGUCAACGCCUCCUACUUGUUGUUUGGAUCUGCUGCUGCCGUGGCACCGGCUAGCUUUGCGACAAGAAGUGCGUUGACUACUACCAGAUAUGCCCUCAAGUACAUAAUCCGACGUCUUCUUCGCUACACAAAGUAUGCCCUCAUAGGUGGUGCUGUUGCCGCCCUUGGAGGUGGUCUCAUUGGCACACUGGGAAGUGGUUUGGCCUUCUUCGCGGCGCCAGGUAUCGGUGUCGGCAUGGGUAUCGGUGUCAUCACUGCAACAGUCAAGUUUGGCUGGCGACACAGAGGGAAUCACUUCCGUGGAGGUAUCUGGGACGGUUGGGCGGGUAUGAAGGAGCGUGCUGCUGAGGGGAGAGAUCCAGCGCAAGACGAAGAGAAUGACGCCAAGGGGACAGCAGAGCAAGUCAAGGUGGAAAACCAGGCAAAGAGGGCCGACGUCUGGAUGAGAGCUUGA